CACCCCCUCUCCCUUCCAACGCGUUUUUUUUUCCAAUAUUUCUCUUUGCCUCAUUUCUCAAUUCCAACAUUCCAUUCUCCCUACCUCACUUCCUCUGUAUAUCGCAAUUCCCAAAGCAAAUAUGUCAUACACAUAUCACCUUUUAUCCUGAAAUCACCAAUACUGAGGGCUUUUGGUUUUGCUUGGAAAGUAAUCAACUCCCAUAGCCAUAGCCCAUAGCCAGCCAACAUGGCUAGAAGGUAUGCCCACAUAAUCUCUACAAUCUUUUCUUCCUUGUGCUUCUGUUUCUUCCUCCCAACUGUGUAUUCUGAGCUGCCUCAGGAUCAGAAAAACAUCAUGGUUAGCCUCUAUGAUAUGAUUCACGACAAUACGGGUACUUCUUUUGCAUGGAAUGGGACGAACAGAGGUUCGGACCCAUGUUCAUGGAAGGGAGUUUCUUGCUCUCCAAAUAAUUCUUCCAUAACCAAUAUUACCCUUCAUUUGUUUUUCAUUUCUAAUUCUGAUACUCUGCCCCUUCUUUGCGGGAUCAAAAGUCUCGAGUCUCUUGAUGUGUCUGGCAACCAGUUGAGCUCCAUUCCGGGUGGGUUCAUCACUGGUUGUGGGGGGAUUAGUGGGUUGAAAGUGUUGAAUUUUAGUAGCAAUUCGUUGGAGGGCCCUUUGCCUAUCUUUAGUGGGUUUGGUGUGUUAGAGUCCCUGGACCUGUCUGUGAAUUCUCUAUCUGGGAAUAUUGAUCUCCAAUUGGAUAGCUUGAGUUCACUCAAGAAUUUGGACCUCAGCUUCAAUAAAUUUGGUGGGCAUAUUCCAACCAGUCUGGGAAAAUCCAAUGCUUUGGUGGAGCUUCAGCUCUCUGAUAAUAGCUUUGAUGGUGAAAUCCCUUCUCAGAUUGUGAAAUAUAAGAAUUUGAGUUUGAUUGACCUUAGUCUUAAUCACCUCUCUGGCUCAAUCCCUGAAAGCUUGGGAAAUCUCUCUAGCUUGAAAAUUCUGAUCCUGUCAGCUAAUAGGUUGAGUGGUACCAUUCCAAAAACUCUUGGGAAUAUCACAACCUUGUCGCGAUUCGCCGCGAAUCAGAAUGGUUUUGUUGGAAAUGUUCCAGCUGGUAUUACUACCUACCUCAAUAAUUUAGACCUUAGUUAUAAUAAUUUGAGUGGAACGAUCCCUUGGGGCCUCUUAUCUCCAUCAAAUUUGCAGUAUGUGGAUUUGUCUAACAAUAGGCUGGAAGGUUCAAUACCUGCAAAUAUGGGAUCAACUCUUGUUAGGCUAAGAUUGGGAAGCAAUAGUCUAUCUAGGCCUAUCCCACCUAUACCCUUUCAAAGCCUUCAGAAUCUGACCUACUUGGAGUUGGAAAACAAUCAAUUGAAUGGAAGCAUACCUCUGGAGCUGCUUUCCUGCAAAAAUUUGGCUCUUUUGAAUCUUGCCCACAAUAAUCUGGUUGGUCCUUUGCCUGCAGAGAUAGGGAGCCUUAUCAAUCUUCAGGUUCUGAAGCUCGAAAUGAACGGUUUUGUUGGAGGGAUCCCUGAUAGCAUCUCCAAGGUUAACAAAUUGCAGAGGCUUAAUAUGAGCUGGAAUUCCCUUACUGGUAUAAUACCAGAUUCAAUAUCUACCUUGCAUACCCUUACAAACUUGGACUUGAGAGAGAAUGGUCUCAAUGGUUCAAUACCAAAUUCGAUUGGUAACUUAAACCUUCUGUUGGAACUCCAACUAGGAAACAACCAUCUUAGUGGGUUAAUUCCAGAAAUGCCAAUGCAGUUGCAAAUCGCACUAAACCUCAGUCACAAUCUCUUCACCGGACCGAUUCCAACCACUCUCACUAGGCUCACUGCAUUGGAGGUUUUAGACCUUUCUAAUAACACGUUUUCGGGUCAGAUUCCAGAAUCAAUGACACGGAUGAGCGGCUUGACACGUCUAAUACUGGCAAACAAUCACCUUUCUGGUGUUGUUCCCGCAUUUCCAAAGUACGUGGAGCUUGGUCUAGAAGGAAACCGCCAGCUGAUUUUUCCUCCCCCGCCUUCUCCUCCUCAGAACGCUCGAGCUGUAUCAGGGAAGAAGAAAUUAUCAGUGGCUGUCGUGAUUGUUAUAGCAGUUGCAGUUGCUGCUGUUGCUGUUGGGCUGUUUACUUGCAUAGCUUUAUCAAUCUCGAAACGAUUUUAUAGGGUCGAUGAUGAGCACUUGCACUCUAGAGAUGAUGUUUCUCAGCAGCAAGUAAUCCAAGGAAAUCUGUUGACAGCAAAUGGCAUCCACAGAUCCAGUAUUGACUUCAAGAAGGCCAUGGAAGCAGUGGGCGAAAGCUCAAACGUUAUCUUGAAGACAAGGUUCUCGACGUAUUAUAAAGCAGUCAUGCCCUCGGGUGGGAGCUAUUUUGUCAAGAGGCUUAACUGGAGUGAUAAAAUAUUCCAAUUAGGGAACCAUGAAAGGUUCGGGGGAGAGCUCGAGCAUCUCGGGAAGCUAAGUAACUCGAACGUCAUGAUCCCUUUAGCCUAUGUCUUGGCUGCUGAUAGUGCCUAUCUUUUUUAUGACUUUGCUCCUGCUGGAACCCUUUAUGAUGUUCUUCAUGGUAGUGCCGAGACUACCCUGGAUUGGGCAAGCCGUUACAGCAUAGCAAUCGGAGUGGCUCAGGGUUUGGCUUUCCUGCACAGCAUCAACUCCAGUCCAAUCCUCCUCCUCGACCUCUCCAGCAAAAGCAUUAUGCUCAAGUCCUUGAACGAGCCCCAGCUUGGAGAUAUCGAGCUUUGCAAGCUGAUUGACCCUUCGAAGAGCACAGGCAAUCUUUCCACUGUUGCUGGAUCUGUGGGUUACAUCCCUCCAGAGUAUGCUUACACGAUGAGGGUUACGGUGGCUGGGAAUGUGUACAGUUUCGGGGUCGUUCUGUUGGAAUUGCUGACGGGGAAGGCGGCUGUGAGUCAGGGAACGGAGUUAGCAAAGUGGGUACUAAGCAACUCGGCUCAGCAAAACAAAUGGGAUCACAUUCUUGAUUUUGGUGUGAGCAAAACAUCUGUAGCUGUUAGGAGGCAGAUGUUAUCUGUCAUGAAGGUUGCUCUGGCUUGUGUUAGCGUCUCGCCCGAGGGAAGGCCGAAGAUGAAGAGUGUGUUGAGGAUGCUCCUUAAUGCAAGGUGAAAUGGAACUGGAUGGGAAUUUCAUACAUAUAUACCUGUCUGUAGCUGAAUUCAAGAACUUCAGCUCAGUCUUUUUGCUGCUUUAUAGUAGUAUCUUUCCCAUUUUCCAUUUUCUUCUUUUGUAUAUAUAGUAUGGAAGAGUUUUGAAAUUGGUUUUCAGAUUUGGAGAUUUGUCUAUCAAAACUCUGGCCCUUUUUUUAUGCAUAGUUCUUGUAUUCUGCUUACAUGAAAAAUUAUAAAAUGAGUAAUAAAAAAGCA